AUGUUGACAUUUAAUCGUGUUCUUAGCAGAAAGCUUUUUAACAGCACCCCUGCUUUUACAACAGUGGCAAGCAAAAGUUUGGCAACCUCCACUUCUCUGCCUCCAACACCCGAAAUAACAGAUGGUCACCCUUUGAAGGGUAUUAAAAUUCUCGAUCUCACCCGCAUUGUAGCUGGUCCAUAUUGUACCAUGAUUUUGGCGGAUAUGGGUGCUGAUGUCUAUAAAAUCGAGCGGCCCUAUGCGGGAGGUGAUGAAUCGCGUAAAUGGGGACCACCCUUUCUGGAGAAUAGCAAAGAUUCAACCUAUUUCUUGGCCUCAAAUCGUAACAAGAAAAGUGUUUGCAUUGAUUUGAAAAAGGGCAAGGACAUCAUCUACGAAUUGGCCAAGACCUGUGAUGUUCUCGUGGAGAAUUAUGUACCCGGAAAAUUGGAUGAAAUGGAUUUGGGUUAUGAACAGCUGAAGAAAGUCGCUCCCCAUUUGAUUUAUUGUUCCCUAACAGGCUAUGGCUCCAAGGGACCCUAUGCCAAACGCCCUGGUUACGAUGUCAUAGCAGCUUCCAUUGGUGGCCUUUUACACAUUACCGGCGAAAAGGAAGGUCCUCCCAGCAAGGUCGGCGUGGCUGUCACAGAUGUUGCCACCGGCCUUUAUGCCCAUGGUGCCAUCUUGGCUGCCCUACUACACAGACAACGCACAGGACGUGGCCAAAAAAUCGAUGUCAAUCUCUUCUCAACCCAGGUGGCCCUGCUCAUCAAUGUUGCCUCCAAUUACCUUAAUGCCGGUCUCGAUGCCCAACGUUGGGGCACAGCCCAUUCCAGCAUUGUCCCCUAUCAAAGUUUCAAAACCAAAGAUGGUCACCUCACCCUCGGCACCGGCAGUGAUAAACAAUUCCAGGAAAUGUGUCAACGUCUGAAGAUCGAUCACCUAGCCGAAGAUCCUAAAUUCAAGACCAACAAAGAUCGUGUUAAAAAUCGUAAAGAAAUAAUUCAACUUCUCGAAGAUAUUUUCUGCCUGAAAACUUCUAAAGAAUGGAUGACACAAUUUGAUAAUGUGACAUUCCCAGUGGGUCCGGUGAAUAGCAUUCGUGAGGUGUUCGAAGAUGAACACAUUAAGGCAAUUGAUUUGGUCAAAACAUUGCCACAUCCUGCUGAUGGUGUAGUGAAAGUAGUGGGACCACCGGUGGAAUUUAGUGAAUCUGUAAAUGAUGCCAGGUCUGCACCUCCAGUAUGUGGUCAGCAUACUGAUGAGGUGUUACGCGAAGUGUUGAAAUAUUCUGAUAGCCAUAUUGCCGAUUUGAGAGCUAAGAAAAUUAUUGAAUAG